CUUGCGUGGACAUUGCGUUGACAACCACUAUCGGGAUGCAACAUGGUUGGCUGACGACUCGGGAGGAUUCAGCGGGACUCCGCCCCCUGGCCAAAUCGACGAGCCACGCACCCAUGCACCACAGCGGCGACCGGAAACUUUGCUAUUGUUGGGAAGGCGUUUCAGGCACGGGGAUCCUUUCCGCGUGGUGAGAAGAGAUGAUGCCCGUCGAGGUCUAUAGGGGCCGAAGCCUACGAUGUGAAGUCAGGUUAUAAUUUGGGCUGGCAUUCGACCGACCAUCGUCCCCAGUCACCACACCAUUAUACACUUAACACUGCCGUACCGAUGUUGCUCAAUAACCCAACGAUAGCCAACCGGCUAUUGCGCCGAGACGAAUGGAACGAAGAGGAAAAAUGUCUAUAUGUUACGCCAGGUCCGAAUGGCUACGUCCCCCACACGGCAUGCAAUGCCAACUACAACUUCGAUCCCCAGUUUGCCUCUGCGGUAGCUGUGGCCGUGCUAUUCGGCGUUCUAUCCGCCAUGCACGUCUUUGAAGCUAUCAUCUUCAAAAAGCGUUAUGCUUGGGUUCUCAUCAUGGGGGCUUUGUGGGAGACGUUAGCCUUCACAUUGCACUCGAUCGGUUCCAGAGACCAACAAAACAUAGGUUAUGCGACGAGUUGGCAACUCUUGUUUCUGCUCGCGCCCUUGUGGAUUAACGCGUUCGUGUACAUGACCUUUGCGCGGAUGGUCCUGUACUGGCACCCAGAGGGCAAGAUUGCGGGCAUGAAAGCGACCGUAAUAGCCAGGUGGUUCGUCAUUGCCGACGUGCUGAGCUUCCUCGUUCAGGGCGCUGGCGGCAUCAUGGCAACACCUAGUGCGGGCGCCAACGCUGUCCGGAUCGGGUUGAAUAUUUACCUGGGCGGCUUGGGUCUCCAGGAAUUAUUUGUCCUUCUAUUUCUCGGCCUCAUGGUUCUUUUCCAAAGACAGUGUAGUCGGACGAAGACGUUGGACGAAAAGCCGAGUUGGAGGCCGCUGCUGUUUGCGCUUUAUAUUGUCUUGGUUUGCAUCACUGUCCGCAUCAUUUUUAGGAUCGUCGAGUUCUCCGGGGGUCUUGGUGCCGACAACCCCAUACCAUUUCACGAGGAGUACGCCUACGCGCUCGAUUGUUUCCCGAUGCUGCUCUCCCUCGCAGUCCUUGCCGUUGUCCACCCAGGCCGCUACCUACUGGGUCUCCAAAGCGAGUUCCCUCGGCUAUCGCGAAAGGAGAAGAAAGCUCUGAAGUUGGAGAAGAAGGCUGAACGGCGAGAGGAAAAGGAGGCUAAGAAACGGGCCAAGAACGAUAGAAAGGCUAACAGAAGCGGAAGGGACGACGCCAGCUACGAAGCUUGAUACCACUGUUGUCGUCAAGGACCUAACCGAAGGUGCCGAGAUCGGCAGUGCCAUCCCCAGAAAAGUACC